AUGACAGCUAAAUUAAACGUGAAUCAAUCGUUAUUAUCACCUGUUCAUAUGUUAUGGAACCAGAAAAAAAAAUUAUCUUCAUCAACGCCACCUGUAGCACAUGCAGCGUCUUCAUUACCAUCACCAUCUUCUGAAGAACAAACUAACACUCCAUCAUCAUCCAAUUCAACAAAUUCUCCUGUAACUUCAAGAGAAUGUUUUAAGCAAAAUAAUUUACAAAAUGAAUUAAAUACAAUCAAUGAGCAAAUAGCUGCAUUAUCUGGUUUAAAAGCAACUGGUUUAUGGAGACCAGAAAACUCUAAAGAAUUAAAUGAUUUAACGAACAAACGGUCGAAAUUAAAACAAGCUUUACAUCGAUUAAAAAAUAAUCAAGCUGCUCAAACUCGAGCGAGAAAAAAAUCGUCGUUUAAAAUUGGUUCGUUUACUUGA